CCCAAGUAAAGAACACUAAACGCUCAACAAGGUCAGACCUAAUCUCCAUCGAAAUGAAGCUACUCACUUUUAACAUCAUGAGUUUGUGCGCUCUUGUCGCCUGCAUUACCUUCACCAGCGCUCAACAGACUUUCUAUCCUGCCCUUAAAGUGCGUCAGGUUCCUGCACUCGUCAAUGGACAGCUGAGUUUGGUGGUAAACUCCGUGGAACUGGCUCAACCAAGGGUAGCGACACGUGAUGCACAGGGUAGGCCACUAGUGCCCCAACAGAGGGUGCCAAUUCAAUUGAGCAGACAGGGACCGGCUGUAAGUAGAAACUUAUUGGCAGGACAGUCACUCGGCGGACAGCAGAUAAGCUGGCAACCUGUGGGAAAAUAGCUGAUAAAGUUUAAUGAGACUUAAAUUUCAAAAAUGUAUGUAGAAAAUACUAGGAUUUUAAUAAAAUAAGUAGUAAAAAAAUCA